CGACACAUUUACAUUAGUUCAGGUACAUACAUAAGGUAAGAUACCUUGCGAAAUCGAACGGGGUCGCCUUGGGGGGAAGCAAAAGAGCAAAGCAUUCAACCUUUCGACAAAAACAAAAAAAAGGGUCUCGCCCUAAAUCGAGUUCCCGCAAACGCAAUCACCUUUCGAUAUCUAGCACAGCGCUGGGGGCAGCCAGCAGGACCAACCAAAAAAAAAAUGGCGCUACCACGAUCACUUCUGCAGUACAUCUGCAGCCUCGUCCUCCUUGUCGGCGUCUCGCAGGCCCUCAAGUUCGAGCUGCAGGCCAUGCCGGCGCACUAUGACAACAAGAUGCGGUGCAUACGGAACUUUGUCGCAAAGGACACCCUGGUGGUGGUGACGUCCAUCGUCAGCGGGUCCAAGGGUGACGGCAUGGUGGUCAACUUGAACAUCAAGGAUGCUGUUGGCAACGAAUACGGCAGGGCAAAGGACGUCGUUGGAGAGCAGAGGACAGUCUUUACAUCGCACGCCGACGCGGCAUUCGACAUCUGCUACGAGAACAUCCUGGACGGAAGCAAACAUGUCGCGACCCCUCAAAAAACCAUUGAGCUCGAUGUCGACAUUGGCGCCGAUGCCAAGGACUGGUCGGCCAUCCAGGCCACCGAGAAGCUCAAGCCCGUUGAGACGGAACUCCGCCGGAUCGAAGAGAUGGUGGCCGAGAUUGUGGGCGAGAUGGACUACCUCCGUGUCCGCGAGCAGAAGCUGCGCGACACCAACGAGAGCACCAACACCAGGGUCAAGUGGUUCGGCAUGUUGACCACCUUCCUGCUCAUCGCUCUGUGGGCCUGGCAGAUCAUGUACCUGCGUGCCUACUUUAGGUCCAAGCAUCUCAUCUGAUCAUCAAACUAGACGUGCUAAGCAGGGGAGCUGGCUGGCGUUGUGUUACUCCUGGGUCUUUUAUUUUUGUUUGCAGGCUAUCUUCCAUCACGGUGUUGGGAACAUUCAUGUGUAUUGGGAAUCCGAUGUUUUCGUCUUUGGCGGCAGUUCUGCUGGGGCUGUCGAACAGCAAAGGGUACCUAGGUAAUCCAGAAAGCAUUUUGAUACAUUGCUGCCAACCGAACUAGAUGCACUAGGAGUUUAUUGAUGAAAGAGGUCGUACAUCUGUUUGAUCUGGGUCGUGAGCCCUAUUUGUGAGAUUUAUUUACAGUGUAAAAGCUAUAUGAG